GUGUGUGAAGAUAAUAACGCACAGAUGGCCGUUCUCAUCGUAGCGAGCUACAUUUUAAAAAACUGCAUAUGUUACCAUAUAACGCUUGCCACGCACAGGCACAUUAACAAUCACCUUUGUGAGAAUUGGAUAUAGACAAUGGAUAGCCCAGAAAAUAUUGACAACGAUGACAUUGUCAUCAUUGUGGAGAACGAAGCGGAAAGCUUGCCAGCCGAGGAAGAAAGGGCAAAGCAAGGUACCUUCGGCCUGAUGGAUACGUGUCCUGUCUGCAAGUUAAAUUUCCACAAUCGAGAGCCGAAGCUUCUGCCGUGUCUUCACUCUUUCUGCAAGCGGUGCCUGCCGCCGCCCUCUAGGACGUCUGCCGACCCAAGGCGAGAUCCACAACUUCAUAUCGACAACGCAAAGCCACUCAGUGCUUUGCGCUGCCCCGUGUGUCGGCAGGAGUGCUGGGACGUGGAUGUGCUGGAUAACUUCUUUGUGAAGGACUCGGUGGAGGUUCCCAGCAGCACUGUUGAGAAGAGCGGACAGGUGUGUAUGAGCUGUGAUGACAACACUGAGGCCACGGGCUACUGUGUGGAGUGUGUGGAGUUCCUAUGUGUGACCUGUGUGGAAGCUCACCAGAGAGUCAAGUUCACUAGAGACCAUACCAUCCGCCAGAAGGAGGAGAUGUCACCAGAUGCAGUGGGUCUGUCCACCCAGAAGCCCGUGUUCUGUGAUAUUCACAAGCAGGAGCCUCUGAAGCUGUUCUGUGAGACAUGUGACCGCCUCACCUGCAGAGACUGUCAGCUGCUGAAACACAAAGACCACAACUACCAGUUCCUGGAGGAUGCCUACAGGAACCACCGGCAGCAUCUGGAGAACAUGACGCUGCAGCUGCAGGAGAAGAGGAAGGCAAUAGAGGAGGUCUCGAACUGCAUCAACAGCGGGCUGCAGCAAGUGGAUGAGAACCGCAAGUCCGUCACCAACGAAAUCAAGAAGUCCAUCUGCAACUUGAUCCUGGAGAUCAACAGAAAAGGCAAGAUCCUGGUGAAUCAGCUGGAGACACUGACUAAGGACCACGAAUCUGGCCUCCGCAAGCAGCAGGACGACGUCAGCUCCCUCACCAGACACCUCGACCAUGUCAUCAGCUUCACCAAGUGGGCCACAGCCAAUCACAGUGGCACGGCUCUGCUCUACUGCAAGAGACUGAUCCUCUGCCAGAUCCACUACCUGAUGAGGGCCAACUGCAGCGCCUCCAUCGUCCCUCAGAGCUCUGUCCGCUUCCAGUGCCGCUCAAGCUUCUGGGCCUCCAAUGUGGACCUGGGCUCCCUGGUGGUGGAGCGUGUCCCUGGUCGCCAGGCCGGCCCCAUGCAAGCAUUCCCUCAGCCUCCCGGCCCCCCGGGCCCUCGGGCAGAGCCCCCCCACGGGGCAGCAUUCUCCAGCGCGGCGCAGCAGAGGCAGAGCACCCUGGCCCAGCUGCAACUGCAGGUGGAGAAGCUGGCCCAGCAGCCCAGCCGGCCGCCCAACCACUGGUCCUGGUACCAGAGGCUGCCUGGUCCUGGGGCCCCCGCCCCCCCCAGCAGGCCCCUCCAGGGGGGCUCCCCCUCCCAAGGCCACCCCAGCCUAAGCCAGCAGGGACGGAGGUACGCCCCCCCCCACGCCAAUGCCAGGAGCCCCCCCUCCAUGCUAGGAAACUCAGGGUUCCCCCCUCAGUCUCUGAGAGAGCUGAUCCAUGGGUCUGGCUUCCCCCCCAAACCCCUGGAGACCCUGCAGGGGCCUGGGGCCUCGCGCUUCCCCCACUCCCUCACCAACACCAUCAGCCCCUCGCUGCACCAGAGGGGCAUGGUGGAGCCAUCAUCCUACUUGCGGAGGAGUGAGCCGUCGUCAGCCCCCACCAUCUCCCUCCCCAGACCCUCCCACCUCCCCACGCUGGCCUCUGACAGGACUGCUCAAGGAAGACAGAACUCACCUAUGUCUAAACCGUCGUCCUCGGAGGCCAAUACUGGGACGGUGUCGUGGAAGCGCUCCGAACCUGUGGCCCCGCCCCCAGCCCCACCCAGCAAGCGGCGGAGGAGGUCAUCUCCUGGACCGAUCAUAGUGAUCAAGGACGAGCCGGAGGAUGAUGAAGAAGUCAGCUAUGUGCAGUCCAGCGUGGGGGCCAGCCUGCCAGACAGCAGCACAGGGGUGCAGUCUCAACCCGGCCUGCAGGGGGCAUCUCCCCCGGGCCCCGAGCCAGCAGAGCCGCAACCAGAACCGCGACCAGAGCCCGAGAAGGCUCCAGAGACCCCUAACGAGGCCAGCCCUAACGAGGAGGGCACUAACGAGGUUCCUAACGAGGAGGGAGCUAACAAGGUUCCUAAUGAAGCAACUGAAGAAGACCCUAACGAGGACUGGUGUGCCGUGUGUCAGAACGGAGGAGAGCUGCUCUGCUGUGACAAGUGUCCCAAGGUGUUCCACCUGGCCUGCCACAUCCCCAGCCUGAAGGAGUCUCCCAGUGGAGAGUGGUUCUGCUCAUUCUGCCGGGACCUUGCUUCCCCGGAGAUGCUGUACCCUGGAGACAAGCUGGAUCCUGCGGGUGUGAAGGAGGAGCCAGGCACGGAGGCCUUCACCCCGCUGGAACGCAGGAAGUGUGAGAGGUUGUUACUGCGGAUCUUCUGCAACGAGUUCAGUACUGACUUCCAGGAGCCAGCCUCGCCAGCGGAGCUCCGUAGGUACAGAGACGUGAUAGCCACGCCCAUCGACCUAUCUGCGGUGAAGCGCAAGCUGGAUGUCCGGGAGAGGUCAGAGGUCAAGGACAGGGCUCACUACCGCAGCACAGAGGAGUUUGUUGCUGACGUCCGACUCAUCUUCAAGAACUGCUCCAAGAUCUAUAAGGCGGAGUCGGAGGUGGGCAGUGCCGGCCUGUUCCUGCAGGAGUUCUUUGAGGAGCAAUUGAAGCUCCUCUACCCAGACACCACCUUCCUGGGGGUGAAGGAGGAAGGGAUGAUUCCUCCCGUGGAGGAUGAGAUGGAGGAGGGGGACAUGGCCCCUGUGGAGGACGACCUGCCCCCGUCUCCUGCUGAGGGUAUCCCCCCUGUCGAGGAGGAGGAGGAGGAGGAGGACAGGAGUCCAGGAGAGGAGGGUAGUCUUGGAGAGAAGGAGGGG